AUGGUUGCGCAACACAACACUAUAAAUAAAGCACUUCUUCUCAAAGUAAUUGAGAUUGACAUCAAGAAUGAUCUUGAACGGAAAGCUUGUAUCGGCUCCAUGAUCGUUAAGACUUACAAGGGAUUCAAAGAGAAGGACGAGAUGGUUCAAUGCAUCACUACCAUCAAAUCAUCUCUCAAAAAAAUUCAUGCAACGCUUUUCUUCAUAAGUGAUAAAAGCAAGGAUGUCCGUGUGAUGGAAAAGUUGGCCAAAGUCGUCAGCUUGAUUGACGAGAGGAAUGAAGAGAGGCAGGAGCGACUGGAGAGGUUGAAAAAGGAAUAA